CUAUGGACAUCAUGAAAUGGGACAUGCAUUAUCAUUCUUAGAUCGUUAUGAUGAUGCUAUUGACUGUGGCAAAAAAUGUCUUAAAAUUGCCCAGGAAAUUGAUGGUGCUGAAGGCAUGAUGAUGGCAUAUAACCUUAUAAUGUUCGCAUAUACAGACAUGCAGAAAUAUGAUGACACUAUUCAUUAUGCGCACAAGCUCCUUGAUUGCGCCAUGAAAAACAACAAUCAGAAGGGUAUGAUUGAUGCGUGCUUGUAUCUAGGAAGAGCACAUCUUGCCUUGAAUCAGUAUCAAGAUGCCACUGAAUAUGGACAGAAAUGCAUUGGAAUAGCAAGGGAAAUAAAAGACAGAUGUGUUGAAGUCAGGGCUUACCUAUUAAUGGGGCGAAUAUAUGACGCUCUUUCUGACUAUCACAAUGCUAUUAUCUAUUGCAAGAAGUGUAUUGAGCUUGCAAUAACUAUUGGCGAUAAACGUGCUGAGGCUCAUGCUUAUAGCGAACUUGGAGAUAUAUAUUAUUCCUUGGAGAAAUACGAUGAUGCGAUUUCCAACUGCAACAAGUGUGUUCACAUUGACAAGGACGAUAAUGAAGAAAAAACUGCUGACGUUAAUGCGUAUCUGACUUUGGGAGAGGUAUACCGGUGUUUGGAGAAAUACGAUGAAGCCAUUCAGAAUUACAAACAAUGUAUAGACAUCGUGAACCGUAUUGGCUGCGAAAAGAAUGCAGUGGCAAAAGCGUGUUUGCGUAUAGGAGAGAUAUAUCAGACACUGAAACAGUACAAUGAUGCAUUGUAUUAUGCCAAGAAAUGCAUGGACAUGGCACAAGAAACAGGCGGGAAAAUGAUGGAAGCACAAGCAUGUCUCGGUCUUUCGUUUUAUUACCUGAUAUCAGAGGAUGAGAAAAGCAUCGAUAAUGCCAUCCGAUACGGUAAGAAAUGCCUGGACAUCUCUCAAGAAAUUGGCCAUAAAAAGACUCAGAUGUACGGACAUCUUUUACACACUAGAGCAUAUAUAGACUCGUUGCAGUUGAAUGAAAUGUUUCAGAGUAUAGAUGCAGGCAUGAUGAUUGCUUCAGACCUUGGAGACAAAGAAGCUACAGAAAAGUUCAAAGAAUUUCGUUCUAGUCUUUAUUUGAGAGUUGGUUUGUUUGACAAGUGUGAUGCACCCUCAGUAAAGGAAUUAUUAGAGGUACCAUCAUGUUCUGAAGAUGAGCUAUUACAAGAUCUUGACCAAGCGGUGAAGACAUGCGAUAAAACAAAGAAACAUAGGGCUUUUAUCAGGCUUUACAAUUCUUAUCUUUCCAAAAAAGAAUAUGAAAAAAGCAUCAAUUGCCUUGAGCAGUUAAAAGAAAUGGACUUGGAUCGUUCUGUGAACUUGUUCUGUUUCACAGAAGUCGGAAACUUGUAUCAGUUGAUGGGUCAGAAUGACAUGGCUUUACACAGUUUCAAACAAGGGCUAACUACUGCUGAGUCUUGUCCUGAUACUGAUGGGUACCUAUCCCAAUUCUAUCAUGGCUUUGGUCAAUUACUAUAUAUAUUAGACAGAAAACUGAACUUGGCAGAACAGUAUCUAAGGAAAGCUAUGAGAUGCUUUGAAGCGAUCUUUACCGCACUUGGUAGUCUUGAUGAAUUCAAGAUCUCCAUAUUUGACCAAUAUAUUGAUAGUUAUAAGCCGUUGGCAAUACUGUUAAUCAAUGGCAAACGCAUCGAGGAAGCGCUUUUAGUGUUAGAUCGUUGUCGUGCAAGAGCAUUGAAAGAUCUUAUGAUGUCAAACUUUAAGAUGGAACAAGAGAAGAGCAAUGAUGAACACCUAGAGUACAACGAUGUUUUGUCUCUGGUCUCAAGAAAUGACUUCAGCAUUGCCUUUUACUCACUUCCUUUUAAUGCUUUUCUGAAGUAUUUUCUUGGAGGGGAGACAAAUUUGCAUUAUUCAUUUUGUCUUAAUGAUUCCCUACAGAUAGACGUCGAUAGGUUGUUUGACGAAAUGGGUGUUCGUGAGGUAGUUGACUGUGAGAACAGGUCCUUGGACAAAGAAGAAGAUAUUCAAAAAGAACGAAGAAGAUGUAUAGAAGAACACGAGGAACUUAAUCAAGCAACGGCAUUACUGCUGAACCUCAAUUCUAACACAGGAGAAUCUAAUGGGAAUAGUACUGAAACCAAGGGAUCUACUCUAGAAGAUCUAUUUGAUAUCUUAGAGUGUGAUAGAAUACUAUCGUCGAAGCAAGACGAGGUUGUUAUUAUUCCCGAUGGUCCCUUAUACAAAGUGCCUUUUCCCGCUUUACGAGAUCCUCGCACGGGAAAGUAUUUAUCAGAGACAAAGCGCAUUAGACUUGCUCCUUCAUUAGCGACUUUAAAGCACUUUGAAGACUUUCCAACAGACCAAACCAGCGAUGGCAAGCCUUUGAUUAUUGGUAAUCCUUUGGUUGGGAAGGUAAUGAUGAAUGGAAAAGAAUGUGAUAUUCCACGUUUGCCAGGUGCAUUAGGAGAAGCCGCAGAGAUUUCUGUGUUACUUAAUACCCCUCCAUUAUUGGGAGACAUGGCUACAAAGCCAGCCGUUCUAGAGAGGCUGCGACAAGGAGUAUCUGUCGUUCACAUUGCUGCACACGGCAGUCUCACUAAAGGUAGGAUACUACUUGCAGCUUCUCCUGAGGUAAGAGCAACAAAGAUCCCAGAUGAAGAAGAUUACAUGCUGACCAUGGCUGAUGUACAGAAGGCUCAAGUACGUGCUCAGUUAGUUGUGUUAAGCUGCUGUCACAGUGGACGAGGUGAAAUCAGAGCUGAAGGAGUAGUUAGCAUGUGUCGAGCCUUUCUAGCGUCAGGUGCUCGUGCAGAGGUAGCGUCUCUGUGGGCCAUCGAUGACGAUGCAACACUCGACUUUAUGACAUCGUUUUACGGCAAUCUGAAAAAUGGGAAAAGUGCCAGUACGAGUCUACAGCUGACAAUGAACGAGAUGAGAAACACGUAUAAGGAUCCAAAAUACUGGGCGCCAUUUUUUAUUAUGGGUGAUGAUAUAACGCUCAAACCCAUUUAAAACGUGUUUGUUAAAUGAUAAAGUGGACGUGUUAUAGGCGUAUUACGGCAUUGGAUAUAUUGGAGAAGCUUAAUUACACUAUAACCACUGAACUACCAUUAUUAUCAUGACCAUCACUCACCAUGACUAUGACUAUAACCUAUGACUACAUUUGUAACUACCAUUAUUAUCAUCACCAUGACUCACCAUGACUAUGACUAUAACCUAUGACUACAUUUGUAACUACCACUAUUAUCAUGACCAUCACUCACCAUGACUAUGACUAUAA